AUGAAGGUGUCUGAAGUCAAACUGAUCCCACACGUCAUCUUCCUCAUGCUGUCUGUUUCCGUUAAAGCCCAAGUCAACCCAGAAACGUGCCGCUAUCCUCUGGGCAUGAGCAGUGGGCAGAUUCAGGAUGAGGACAUCUCUGCUUCCAGUCAGUGGUCUGAGUCUACUGCUGCAAGAUUUGGAAGACUCGACUCGGACAAUGGGGACGGUGAUGGGGCCUGGUGUCCUGACAUCAUGUCGGAGGCUGACGACCUCAGAGAGUAUCUCCAGGUGGACCUGCGUUCGCUGCACUUCAUCACGCUGGUGGGCACACAAGGUCGCCAUGCCGACGGCAUAGGAAAUGAAUUUGCCCAAAGAUACAGAAUCAAUUACAGUCGUGACGGCAAGAACUGGGUGGGCUGGCGAGACCGGAGCGGAGGGCAGGUCAUUGAGGGCAACAAGAAUGCAUAUGAUGUGGUGCUGAAGGAUCUCGAGCCACCCAUUGUAGCUCGUUAUGUCCGCUUCAUGCCUAUCACAGACCCGUCCAUGAUUGUGUGCAUGAGAGUGGAGCUCUACGGCUGUGAAUGGCUGGAUGGUCUGAUGUCUUAUAGUCUUCCAGAUGGUCACCAAAUGAUUUACAGAGGCCUGGAUGUCUUUUUCAAUGACUCAGUGUAUGACGGCACAUUGGCUGAGAGACUGACGAAGGGCCUUGGCCAGCUGACAGAUGGCACACAUGGUUUGGGUGAUUUUCUGCACAGCCAUGUUCCUGUUGUGUGGCCUGGAUAUGACUAUGUGGGAUGGAGCAACAAGACAUUCCCCAAAGGUUACGUCGAGAUGAUCUUUGACUUUGACCACAUCCGGAACUUCACCUCCAUGAAGGUUCACUGCAACAACAUGCUGAGCCGUGGAGUGAGGGUGUUCAGACAGGUCACAUGUUACUUCAGGUCAGGAUCAGAGUGGGAGGCUGACCCAGUCACAUUCAGGCCGGCUGUGGAGAACAUGAGCCAAGAUGCUCAUUUUGUCACGGUGCCGCUCGGAGGUCGGACAGCCAGGAGCAUCAAGUGUCGUUUUCACUUCAGCGAUCAGUGGAUGCUGUUCAGUGAGGUUGCCUUCCAGUCAGGUAAAAGCUUUUACAACACAUCACUGUCAUCUCACAAACAUGGACUUCAUGCAAAAUCUUCUUUGGUAGAUGAUCCCACUCACAAAGUGGAUGACAGCAAUACAAGGAUCCUGAUUGGCUGCUUGGUAGCUAUCAUUGCCAUCCUAUCAACCAUCAUAGUCAUCAUACUGUGGCGGCAGGUCUGGCAAAAGAUGCUUGAAAAGGCGUCUCGCCGCUUGUUGGAUGAUGAGCUCACGACCCGUCUGGCCGUGCAGACCCGGGCCUUCUCCUUCCAGCACUCCUCUCUGUCCAGCGAGGCUGGGUCCACCUCCACCUACGACAGGAUCUACCCCCUCAGUGCCGACUACCAGGAGCCUUCUGGCCUCAUUCGAAAGCUGCCCGAGUUCACCCAGUCCACCGAACACCUCGCUGUUUGCCUUCCAGAGUGUGGAACCUCCUGCAGAGCAGUGGGCGGUUCGGACAGUGCUCCACACUAUGCAGAGGCGGACAUCAUCAGCGUGCAGGAGUCUUCAGACAGCGGCACGUUUUCCAUCACAGCUGCCAGCAACAAUCUGAUCACUGGAGCCGAAUCAGCCAUGAGGGAGUUUCCCAGAGAGAACCUCACCUUCAAGGAGAAACUGGGAGAGGGCCAGUUUGGAGAAGUGCACUUGUGUGAAGCUGAGGGUCUAAGGGACUUUUUGGAUGAGGAUUUAUCAGCUGAAGGUAACCAAGAGUCUCUGCUCGUAGCUGUGAAAAAACUGCGAGAAGAUGCGAACAAGAACGCCAGGAACGACUUCCUGAAGGAAAUACGAAUCAUGUCUCAUCUGAGGGACCCAAACAUUGUCCGCCUGCUGGCUGUGUGCGUGGAUAAAGAUCCUCUGUGCAUGAUCACAGAGUACAUGGAAAACGGAGACUUGAACCAGUUCCUGGGUGGUCUCAGACUGCAGGAGACCACCGAUGAAGACAAGACGGGUCAGGAAGAGAGGAAGGAUAUGAUCAGUUACACUCAGCUGAUCGGCAUGGCAGUGCAGACUGCGUCUGGGAUGAAGUACUUGUCUUCGCUCAACUUUGUCCACCGUGAUUUGGCGACUCGCAACUGCCUGGUGGGGAAGAAUUACACCGUCAAGAUUGCUGAUUUUGGCAUGAGCCGGAACCUCUACAGAGGGGAUUAUUAUCGGAUUCAGGGCCGAGCAGUGCUUCCCAUCCGCUGGAUGUCGUGGGAGAGCAUCCUCCUGGGUAAGUUCACUAUGGCCAGUGAUGUGUGGGCAUUUGGAGUGACUCUGUGGGAAAUCCUGACUCUUUGUAAGGAGCAGCCGUACUCCCAGCUCUCUGAUGAGCAGGUCAUUGAAAACACGGGCGAGUUCUUCCGGGACCAGGGCAAGCAGGUGUACCUGCCAAAGCCUCCCUGCUGUCCUGAUGGAGUCUACAAUCACCUGAUGCUAAGCUGCUGGAGGAGGAAUGCCAAGGAAAGGCCGAGCUUCCAGGAAAUUCACACUCAGCUGAUGGAGAGUGUGGUAGAGCAGAUGGGAGAUGCAUAG